AUGGGCAUGGCUCCCCUCUUCCGCUCGUUGGCUCUCCUCGUCCUCCUAGUCACCCUGUCCAGCACCACAUUGCCCUCCUCCCGUGCUACGUCCGGCGAUGGAGACGACCAUGACCUGCUGAUGCUGGGUAGGUUCCACCGGUGGAUGUCAGCGCAUGGCCGGACGUACCAUAGUGCCGCUGAGAAGCUGCGGCGGUUUGAGGUGUACCGUCGCAACGUGGACCUCAUCGACGCCUCCAACAGGGACGCCGAGAGGCUCGGCUAUGAGCUCGGCGAGAACGAGUUCACCGACCUCACUAACGAGGAGUUCAUGGCGCGGUAUGUCGGUGGCGCUUAUGGUGGAGCCGGUGAUGGUGGUGGUCUCAUCACUACUUUAGCUGGAGAUGUUGCCGAGGGGGCGGCAUCAUCCAAGAACGCCAUCGAGGAGGAUCGUAAUUUGACGAUGACUGCCUCUGACCCUCCCCGGCAGUUCGACUGGAGGGAACAUGGUGUCGUCACGCCUGCUAAGCAACAAGGAGCAUGUGGAUGCUGCUGGGCAUUUGCUGCAGCGGCGACGGUGGAGAGCUUGAACAAGAUAAAUGGCGGGGAGCUGGUUGACCUGUCCGUGCAGGAGCUGGUGGACUGCAGCACGGGCGUGUUCAGCUCGCCAUGCGGCUACGGGUGGCCCAAGAGCGCACUCGCAUGGAUCAAAUCAAAAGGGGGCCUCCUCACGGAGGCCGAGUACCCCUACAUGGCCAAGCGAGGCAGAUGUGCGGUGCACGACGCCGCCCGACGCAUCGGCAAGAUCACCGGCGUCCAGGAGGUGCAGCCGGGGAGCAGUGAGAGCGCGCUGGCGCUGGCCGUGCUCGGGAGGCCGGUGACCGUCCAGAUCGACGGGAGCGGCCCCGUCCUGCAGAACUACAAGUCCGGCGUGUACAGGGGGCCGUGCACCACCAGCCAGAACCACGUGGUGACGGUGGUCGGCUACGGAGUCACCGGUGCCGGAGAAGAGUACUGGAUCGCCAAGAACUCGUGGGGACAGACCUGGGGUCAGAAGGGCUUCUUCUUCGUGCGCAGGGGAGCCGACGGGCCCCGCGGGCUGUGUGGCAUCGCCAUGUACGGUGCCUACCCCGUCAUGUAG